AUGGUUUAUAACAGAAAUUAUUUUAUUCAUUUGUGUCAUUCAAUUGAUGUGAUUAUGGAUGAGAAGAGCGGUCUUCAGGAGAGGAAUACCGCCAAUCAAUACAUGGAUUCGUUUAAAUCAAAUCAAAACGUUUUCAUCUUAUUUGAUGUCUCCUUAAGACUUCUGAACCAAACCACCGAUGAGUUGAACACUAAGUCCGUUGUCUACAAAGUGUUUGGUCUGCAGACACUUGAAGUGGUCAUCAAAUUUCAUUGGAAUUCAAUCGAUGACAGUCUGAAGCAACAAAUCAAACAACUGAUCCAAAACUGGUUUUUGGUUGACUUGUCUUCGGAUGAGGUUGUGGUGAAGGAAUGGCGACAUAUGAUGAACGGAUUGAGUCGAUGUGUUGUCGAAGUAGUGAUCAGAGAGUGGCCACAAAAUUGGCCGCAAUUUAUACCUCAUUUACUGCAAAAAGAGUCGACUCUGAGUUUGUACUGCAUUUGGCAGUUGUCUGAAGACAUCGGCAUCUUUUUCCGACCAAACAAUGGUCAGCGAAGACGUGAAAUCACUAAUGAAUUGAAUAACAAUUUGAAUGAAAUUUAUUCAUAUAUUUAUAAAUGUAUGGACAGUCCGGACACUGAUCUCUGUUUGACAGCCAUUUGCACAUUGAAUGUGAUGUUUGAAUGGACACAAUUGGAUGAGAAUCUGCUCAACGCUUUAAUGCAGAGAUUGGCCGCCGAUUAUCAUCACAACAAAUGCAUUCAAAUGAAACAAUCCAUCUGUGAUUGUCUUCUCGUUUGUUUGAAUCGCAAACAACUCAAACCCAACGAUAAGAUUGCGAUCCAAACUCUUCAUAACAAUUAUAACAUUUCUAUAAUUGUUUCAAUUGUUGGUUCACUGCAAACCAAUUUAUUACCACUCAUUGCUCAUAAGAUCUCACGACAAGAGAUUAGUAAAAAUAGUUUAGGCUUUGAAUUUGAUGACAACGAAGACUUUGAGUCUUUUUUCUUGAAGUUUAGAGCAGACACUAUAGAACUUCUCCGACAAAUGACAUUCGUAUGGGAAAUAUUAGCGCAACUUUCGGCCGCUUUUUUCGCCGAAAGUGACACUCUUUUGCGUUUAUUAAUUGACAAAACCCUAAUGAGAGACAACCCUAAUGUCAUUUCGAGCCAACUCUCAUGUAUAUCAGCCCUAACCGUAUUUCUGCCACACAUUUCCGAUUAUUCACUCAAACACAUCAUUGAAAGAACAUUAGUGUUAUCUUCGUUUACAAUCGAUGGUCAGGAGACCAAAUCCAAAGACGUGAAGAAUCUUCGCCGACACGCGUGUUCUCUAUUCAUUAAAAUAUGUCAAACAUAU